AUGAAGAACACUCACUCUCCACUCCGAGAUGCUCAAUUUUGUCGAACACUCAAACUAGGCGACCAAGCCAUCACUGUGACGGACGCCAAGCGGCUGGAUCAGAAUCGAACAGUAUACCGCCUGGAAAUAGAACCAGUCAACCACCUCCCAUCAACUGUGAUCGUCAAACAACAAAAAGAAGGAUGGUCCGACGAGUUCGAGAACGAAGCUUCUUGGUAUGAGAGGUUAAAAGACCUUCAAGGGGACAAGAUUCCAAUAUUUUUUGGCCAGGGUGAUUUCAAUGGAAUCCGGGCGUUGGUAAUCUCGGAAAUCGUCGGCACCAAUCUGCUUGAUCUCGCUCGCAGUAUGAAUCCUAUCGACGAGAAGAAGAUGAAGGAUGACCUCGAAGCGGUGUUCCAAUCUUUGACUACCUAUGAAGCCAUAUAUUGGGAUGUAAGGCUGGAUAAUUUCAUGUAUUGCGACAAAGCAGCACCUGGCGCAUGUAGAGCGAUGGUUAUCGAUCUUGAGCAAGUCAGGUUUCCUACUCCUUCCCGCCCCUACGAACUGAACGUGAACAAUGCGGGGGCGCGAGCUUUGAUGGAGGACUUCAGAAACAUCCGAGAGAUUCGAGACCGAGAGAGUCGAUACCGAUACCAUGGAAGAUCGCCUGUUAUUGAUUGGGAAAGUGAGCCCAAAGCCAAAUUCGAAGUUCCGAGUGAGGAGAAUUCACCGAGGACAACUGUUUUGGAUGUGACCAAGCUGUCAAUGGAUUCACGGAAUAUCGAGGCACUGCAUUAUAUGGCAGCUUCCAAGGCUGAGUAA